CCGCGUCUUGCAGCGCGCCCCCUUCAGCCUUCAACACGGGCAACUGCUUUGUGAUCUGGUAUCUUCUUGCCGGCCGUGGUGGUCUAGCGGUUCUAGGCGCGCAGUCCGGAACCGCGCGACUGCUACGGUCGCAGUGAAGAUGCGUCAGCUGGUGUGUGCGAUGUGCGUGGUGGUGUGCGCGGCGGCGGUGGCCCGCGCGCAGUUCUUCGUGCCGGCGCCCGCCUUCGGAGUGCCUCUGCCGCUGGCGGCGGCGCCGGUCGCGGACUCGCGCAGGGCUCUGCAGCACCGCGCUGUCGUGCUGAACGCGGAGGCCGAGGCGCGGCUGCCGCCCGCCUUGCAGAACCCCUUCUACAAGAACCCUCGCAUCGAGGCGGCGCUCGCCAAAGAGAGCUGGUUCACGCCCGAGGAGAUGCAAGUGCGCGAGCGCGAGGCGGAGAAGAUUCCGCGCGCCAAGAUCUUCUCCAUCCUGAAGAACGCGGGGCUCGCCCGCCGCCGGUGAGGGCAGCAGCGGGGUUCCCGCCUCCUCCCUGCCGGGCUCUGCGUGUCUCUCCCUCACACCCGUCAUCACGGACACACACGUUACCAUUUCUUCCUAAGCAUACGAAGAAACCGAUAAACGUUUCUCUCUCGGUGCACACUUCACGUACUCGACCGACUGCUGUUGUAGAGAGGGCCAUCGAAUUCGGGUGGAACAAUAUACACUGCACGGUAUACGUCUAAAACAUAAAUCGCGAAUGAUUCUUUCUCCACCAACUUUAUUAUGAAAUGACAUCAGGAACUCUCAAAGUCCGUGCUAAGCAAAAGUUUCCUCCGAAGCAGCUCAUUUCGUGUGGACUUACUAUCACUGACAACAUAUACCGGGUGAUCAAAAAGUCAGUAUAAAUUUGAAAACUGAAUAAAUCACGGAAUAAUGUAGAUAGAGAGGUACAAAUUGACACACAAGCUCGGAAUGACAUGGGGUUUUAUUAGAACCAAAAAAAUGCAAAAGUUCAAAAAAUGUCCGACAGAUGGCGCUUCAUCUGAUCAGAAUAGCAAUAAUUAGCAUAACAAAGUAAGACAAAGCAAAUAUGAUGCUCUUUACAGGAAAUGCUCAAUAUGUCCACCAUCAUUCCUCAACAAUACCUGUAAUCGAGGAAUAAUGUUGUGAACAGCACUGUAAAGCAUGUCCGGAGUUAUGGUGAGGCAUUGGCGUCAGAUGUUGUCUUUCAGCAUCCCUAGAGAUGUCGGUCGAUCACGAUACACUUGCGACUUCAGGUAACCCCAAAGCCAAUAAUCGCACGGACUGAGGUCUGGGGACCUGGUAGGCCAAGCAUGACGAAAGUGGCGGCCGAGCACACGAUCAUCACCAAACGACGCGCGCAAGAGAUGUUUCACGCGUCUAGCAAUACUUUUUUUU